AUGGCAAUACGUCUCCUGCUUGGCGCUCUUGCUCUAGCAACAGCUGUCUGUGGCCAAAAGCUUGUUACGUAUGUUGAACCAACCAGCACCGUCCAAUACAGCCUUGCCAUACCUGAGACUGCCGCUGCACCAUUUGACGUUUUUGCGUCCAUUGUCGCUCCCUCGAACGUUACAUGGGCCGCUAUCGCCUUUGGUGGAUGCAUGCUUAGAAGCCCGCUUGUAGUGGCAUGGAAAAAUGAUACCAACAUUCUUGCUUCACCUCGCUGGGCAGACGCUUACCACCCUCCUGAUCUCUACAACGGUACCACGGUAACAGUCUUCAACACCUCAACAGUCAACGCGACGCACUGGAAAGCAAAUAUUCUCGUGAGUGGCGGUAGCUCAUGGCUAGGCGGAUCUGUCAAAGCUUUUGGCAGUAUUCCAUUGGGCUGGGCGGUGAGCAGUCUUCCUUUGGCUGCUCCGGCCACUAUCAAUAGUGGCAUCAGGUAUCACAAUGUUGGGAAAGGUCAUUUCGAGGUCAAUAUGACCAACGCACGCAACACACAGAGUGCAUUUGAUGCCUUGAAGACGAGCCCAAUAUAA